AUGGCUUCCAAUUUUAAUGACAUAGUGAAGCAAGGGUACGUGAGGAUCCGGAGCAGACGCCUAGGGAUUUAUCAACGAUGUUGGUUAGUAUUCAAGAAAGCUUCAAGCAAAGGUCCAAAAAGACUGGAGAAAUUUUCCGAUGAACGUGCUGCGUAUUUUAGGUGUUAUCAUAAGGUUACAGAACUCAACAACGUGAAGAACGUAGCUCGGUUGCCAAAAAGCACCAAGAAGCACGCCAUAGUGAUUUAUUUCAAUGAUGAUACCUCCAAGACCUUUGCCUGUGAAUCAGAUCUUGAGGCUGAUGAAUGGUGCAAAGUUCUCCAGAUGGAGUGUGUAGGGACGCGAAUCAAUGACAUCAGCCUUGGAGAGCCUGACUUACUGGCUACGGGGGUUGAGAGAGAACAGAGUGAGAGAUUCAAUGUGUAUUUGAUGCCAUCUCCUAACUUAGAUGUACAUGGCGAAUGUGCCUUGCAGAUUACAUAUGAGCACAUCUGUCUUUGGGACGUCCAGAAUCCCAGAGUCAAACUCAUCUCUUGGCCGCUAAGCGCCCUGCGGCGGUAUGGACGAGAUGCUGCUUGGUUCACUUUUGAGGCAGGGAGGAUGUGUGAGACUGGUGAAGGGCUGUUUAUCUUUCAGACGCGAGAUGGGGAGGCCAUCUACCAGAAAGUCCACUCUGCUGCCUUGGCCAUAGCCGAGCAGCACGAGCGCUUACUACAGAGCGUGAAAAAUUCAAUGCUCCAGAUGAGGAUGAGUGAGCGGGCCGCCUCGCUGAGCACCAUGGUGCCCUUGCCUCGAAGCGCCUACUGGCAGCACAUCACGCGGCAGCACAGCACGGGGCAGCUCUACCGCCUGCGAGAUGUCACCAGCCCUCUGAAGCUUCAUCGAACAGAGACUUUUCCUGCCUACCCAUCUGAGCACUGA